GCUUCAGCUCCCAGAAGCAUUCAUCGUGUGCAUGCAUUUCGAGAGAUCGAUUUGCAACAUUAAGGACUUUAUUUUCGCAAUAAUUUUGAAGUUUCUUCUGGAAAGGGAGUGGAUAAGCUCAUUCCUCAUCAGCAAGAAUGCAAGAUCGAAUCGAAUCUAUGAUAAGCCAAAUAUUUCGCAAUAAUUUUGCAUAUGAGACGUACAGUAACAAAUUAAGUAGAUCUGCGAUCGCAAGUUGAGGUCACCAAGCCGCUCCUUCUUUAUGCAUUUAAGUUCUACAUUGUGCUGCGCGGAUGGUUUUCAAUGGCAAUGUGCCAACUGCACAUGGCCAACAUGCUGAUAUGCAAAUGUCCACACCUACCGAGGCCUUUGUCCCAACUCGACUUACAAACAGCAUCCUAAUCUCAUUAUUUUGUUGCAACUCCAAGAUAAGCUUCUUGGUUACUUGUCAACAUCAUGAAUACAUUACAUGUUAGAGCUAGACAUCCCUUUCUGCAUUGUACGCCCCUUAUAUCUGGAUUGACUUCCAGUGGCAAUGUGCAUGAUUGCAGAGGCUCAAACUGCUAUUAGCUACCAAAAGGCAAACCAGCGAAAGUGCAUAUUUCAACUCACUCAUUGGCAUGGAUAACAUCUUUGUCCUGCUACUUUAAGAGCAGUUUCUUGUAGUAGUACCUGAUGAGUCAGUUUUCAUCAUGGAUCUUUCUUUUGUACCAAUCAUGUUCUUGAUUACAACCUGUAAAACUUUAUUCCUUUUUGGCAAAGUAGCAUGUGGAGUCCAGCUCCUAUAUAAUCAUAGGGUUAAGACAAUAAAAGGCUAUCGAACAGAACAAAUAACAAUACAAGGCGAGGUUUCUGAUUGGCAACCCCAACAGGUAAGUGACCUUAGCAGUGAUCUGUACCCAUACUAUAUGUUAUUAUUAUCCUUAAUUUAAGGGAACAAAAAGGACAGCAUUAUUUAACUACGCUGACACACAAGAAUUAAAAAAGGGGAUUAUUUUGUUUGACAAUAAGACCCACUGUUGCACAUGUUUGAGUGAUUGAGUUCUAUAAAGCAAAGCUGAGGAUCAGAGCCAAGCAAUGCAGGUGUUCUAGAGUGGACGCAUUCAGAUCCAGAGAAAGAACAGUAUAGCUCAACCCAAACAAUAUCCAUACCAAGAUGGGAACUUCAGAGUUAGAGCAAACAGAGACGCACUCACAAAUCAAUUGUGCACAACCAGCGACAAGAACUUGGCAAAGGAAAUUUGAUGACGAAGGAAAGAAGAUUGAAAUGUUUAGCAUGACCAUGCAUGAUGUGGUAUCAAUUAUACCCAUGAUUCUCAAGGGAGUGAUGAUAAAUGCCGAAGAAAAGGGAAAAGGCCGAGAUACAAUCUAUGAUAUCUUCAGGAAAUGGAAUGUCAACUGCUGCCGUGGCCUACCCCUUGGUGGGAUAGGUGCAGGAAGCAUCGGGAGAAGCUACAGAGGGUAUUUUCAGCAUUUUCAGAUAUUCCCAGCAUUAUAUGAAGAAAAGCUUAUCCUUGCAAAUCAGUUUUCAGCUUUUAUUUCACGUCCCAACGGAAAGAGCUACUCCACAGUGUUGUCCGCACCCAGUGCUGAUGACCUCAAGGGAGUUGAUAAGGCCGCUAUUGGAUCUUGGGACUGGAAACUUAAGGAGAAGAAUUGCACUUACCAUGCCUUGUUUCCAAGAUCUUGGACAGUAUAUGAUGGCGAACCUGACCCUGAAAUCAAAAUCACCUGCCGUCAGAUAUCACCAUUCCUCCCUCACAACUACAGGGAGAGCAGCUUCCCUGUUGCAGUUUUCACCUUUACGGUGCAUAAUUCUGGGAGCACAGCUGCGGAUGUAACUUUACUCUUCACAUGGGCUAAUUCUGUUGGUGGGCAAUCAGAGCUGACAGGAAAUCACACCAACUCUAAGAUGAUAGAGCGUGAUGGUGUGCAUGGGGUUCUUCUCCAUCACAGGACUGCGGAUGGGCACCCACCAGUGACAUUUGCAAUCGCAUCUCAAGAAACAGAGGACAUCCGUGUCACAGACUGCCCUUUCUUCACGAUGGGAUCUUCCAACUCCGGCGACUUCACGGCGAAGAACAUGUGGGAGGAGAUCAAGAAGCAUGGUUCCUUCAACGAAGCCCGCACCGACAAAGAGCCAAGGGUGUCGAAGCCUGGAUCAUCCAUUGGAGCAGCUGUUGCGUCAGCAACCACGGUGCCAGCUGGGGGAACCCGCGUGGUGUCCUUUGCGGUGUCGUGGUCCUGCCCCGAGGUCAAGUUCCCAGACCGGAAAACGUAUCACAGGAGGUACACCAAAUUCUAUGGCUUCAAUCGAGAUGCAGCUGCAGAGAGCUUGGCUCAUGAUGCCCUUCUUGAACACUUGGAUUGGGAGUCUAAAAUUGAAGAGUGGCAGAGACCUAUUCUGCAAGACAAAAGGCUGCCUGAAUGGUAUCCGAUUGCACUGUUCAACGAACUUUACUAUCUGAAUGCUGGAGGCACCAUAUGGACAGAUGGGCUGCCUCCAAAGAUCAGCGUUGCCUCAUCCGGGACGGGGACUGAGCCAUUCUCCCUUGACGUGUUCCACACAGACCUUCAGGGCACCGCCACCGGCACGAGCAAGACCACGGCGGAUGGCGUCCUGCGUGAGAUGACAUCUGUGACGGAGAAUCUGCACUCGGCCGCAGCAUUUGGUGCAGCACUGCUGGGUGACAGCGAGGAGAAUGUGGGGCAGUUCUUGUACCUGGAGGGGAUGGAGUACCACAUGUGGAACACCUACGACGUCCACUUCUAUGCCUCCUUUGCGCUGCUCUCUCUCUUCCCGGAGAUCGAGCUCAGCCUCCAGCGGGACUUUGCUAGGGCCGUCCUCCUCCACGACCCCCGCCCUAUGCGCACCCUAAACGGGAAGACCGUGUCACGCAAGGUUCUUGGAUCGGUGCCGCACGACAUGGGGCUGAAUGACCCGUGGUUUGAGCUGAACGCUUACAUGAUCCAUGACCCGUCGCGCUGGAAGGAUCUCAACCCGAAGUUUGUGCUGCAGAUUUACCGGGACGUUGUCGCAACAGGCAACGUUGGCUUUGCUAGGGCGACGUGGCCGGCAGUGUACCUGGCCAUGGCCUACAUGGACCAGUUUGACCGGGACCGGGAUGGCAUGAUCGAGAACGAGGGCCGCCCUGACCAGACAUACGACCUAUGGUCCGUGUCCGGAGUAAGCGCCUACACCGGCGGGAUCUGGGUCGUGGCGCUGCAGGCCGCUGCGGCCAUGGCACGCAUCGUCGGUGAUGGAGACACCGAGUGCUACUUCCGCGCGCAGCACCAAAGGGCGAAGCGCGUGUACAAUGACGAGCUCUGGAACGGCACCUACUUCAACUACGACAACAGCGGUGGCAAGACUAGCUCCUCCAUCCAGGCCGACCAGCUCGCCGGGCAAUGGUAUGCUCACGUGUGCGGCCUGGAGCCGGUCGUGGAGGAGGAGAAGGCCCGGAGCGCGCUGGGGACGGUGCUCGACUACAACGUCAUGCGGGUGAAGGGUGGGACAGUCGGGGCGGUGAACGGGAUGCGGCCGGACGGCACCAUCGACAUGUCGUCGACGCAGUCCAAGGAGAUAUGGUCGGGCACCACCUACGCCGUCGCGGCCGGCAUGAUCCACGAGGGCAUGCUGGAGGCCGCGUUCCGAACGGCCAAGGGUGUUCACGACGCCAGCUGGUCCAAAGAUGGCUUCGGGUAUGCGUUCCAGACGCCGGAGGCAUGGACGGCGGAGGGUGGCUACCGUGGGCUACACUACAUGCGGCCCCUCUCUGUCUGGGCUAUGCAGUGGGCGUUGUCGCUGCCGGAGCUCCACAAGGACCUCGGGCCGCUGUCCUCACCUGGGGAUGCCUCCAUUGGGCAGGAGAAGUUUGAGAAGGUGGCGAGCAUGCUGAGGCUUCCUGAGGAAGUUGAACACCAGGGAUUCCUCCGGGCUCUAUGCCAUAUUAUCUGGCAGUUGGUGUUCCCAGCAUGAUUCUUGGAGUGCAAGCCUGCAACUCAACAAGUCUGAAAGGAUGAUGUUUUUCUUUUGCAGGGCAUGAAAGAAUGAUGGUAGUUUCACGAAUAAAUCCAUCAGUCGAUGAACAGAAGUGGGCGUGAGGGGUGCCGUUGGUCAGUGACGGAGCCAGGACAAUAAGGUUGUGUAGUCAGUUUGAACUUUGUAGUUAAAUACAUAUAUUUGUACGAUUUUUUAUUAUUUUUUGCAUACGUUCAGUCUAUAUUGCCAAAAAAACAGUGUAGUCCUGCCGUUCGAGUGUUCUUGGUCCUCCAGAAUAAAAGAUUGUUCUUUUACCGUUGGGAUGAUGCUAUCGCUUUGCCAUGCCUCCUUUACCUGGACAUACAAGUUCUUUUCUACAUGAUUUACAUCCAUUUGUAUGUGCGGCUGAAGAUAUAACCUGUGUGGCUGUGUUGAUUCAUGACAGAGAAGAUGUGUCUAAGUCUUGUUACAAACAGAGGCCCAAGAGAUUGACCAAAUCAGCCCCAUAAGUUCCUUUGAAAGUCUAAAUU